UAAAUAAAUAAAUAAAUAAAUAAACGAAGAUUUACAGUUUAUUCUAUCUAGAUAUGAAAAAGAACUAAAAUUAAACGAAUGGUGUACUGUUCGCAAAGAUGCUGCAUUUGGUGCUUUUUUUGGUUGGUUAUUUUUUGUAAACUUUCUAGUUUAUUCAAUUGGUUUCACUUUUGGUUCUAUUCUUAUGUCUUAUGGAAAUCAUCGUACACUGACCAUUAGUGAUAUUCUUGUUGUUGUAAAUAUGUUUGCACAAGCUUUAGGUUUUCUUAAUGGAAUUGGUCCUUUUUUCCAAUCAAUUGCGGAAGCUCAAGGUGCAGCAAUAUCCGUAUUUCGACUUAUCGAUGAGGCACAUGAUGAAAAUAUCAAUGAAACAGAAAUAUUACAAGAAAACAUAUCUGAUGACAGAUCGAUUUCUAAUAUUAAUGGUGAUAUUCUAUUUGACAAUGUCAGUUUUUCUUAUCCAUCAAGAGAAAAUGCAACAGCUUUGAAUAAUCUUAAAUUCAUUGCUCGUGCGAAUCAAACAACUGCUCUUGUAGGUUCAAGUGGUUGUGGGAAAAGUACAUGUGUGUCACUUCUUCUUCGUUACUACGAACCUUCCUCAGGCAGAAUCAUGAUCGAUGGUCAAUCAAUAACAGAUUAUAAAAUCAAACAAUUUAGACAAAAUAUUGGAGUUGUUAGUCAAGAACCUAUUCUCUUCGGAAUAAGUAUUUAUGAAAAUAUUCGUUUUGGUAAAAUGAAUGCAACACAUGCAGAGAUUGAACAAGCAGCAGAACAAGCUAAUGCACAUAACUUCAUUAUGAAACUACCAAAUAAAUAUGAAACACUUGUUGGUGAACGUGGUAUACAAUUGAGUGGUGGAGAAAAACAACGUAUUGCAUUAGCUCGUGCACUUGUCAAACAACCCACCAUUCUUUUGUUAGAUGAAGCAACAAGUGCACUUGAUAAUGUUAGUGAAAGAAUUGUUCAAGA